AUGAGGAUUAAGUAUUUAGAAGCUGCCUUAAACCAAGACAUUAAAUACUUCGACACAGAGGACGUCUGGUGUGGUUUUGCCAUCGACAUUGAUGUUAUUAUGGUCCAGGAUGCAAUUAUGAAAAAGUUGGGAAAUUUCUUGCACUACAUGGCCACAUGGGUUUCUAGAUUUUUGGUGGGUUUUACUGUAGUUUGGCAAUUGUCCUUGGUAACUCUUGUUGUUGUUCCUCUGAUAGUUGUAAUUGACGGCGUUCACACGGUAAGAAGUGUUCAAUUUCUCCUUUACAAAACAAAAUGGUCUUUAGAUUAUAAUUUCUUUCUUGUUGAAUCUGAAUUUGAUAUUGAAUUACAGACAAUAACCCAGGAGUCGAGAGCACUGCAUUCCUACUCUACAGCCCUGAGAAUUGCCCAAAAGAUUGGAUAUAAAAUUGGACUUGCCAAAGCUUUCGGCUUGGGGCCACGUAUCUUACGGUCUUUUGCGCUUAUGCGCUCUUGCUCUUGUACGGUGGUCCGACAUCAUUACACGAAUGGUGGCCUUGCAAUAGCUACGAUGUUUGCAGUUAUGAUCGGUAGGCUUCUA